AUGGACGCCGCCGCCCACUCCAUGGUCCAUCAUGUGGCCCGUCACAUCCAGGAACACACCUCAGACACUGUCGAGGUCCCUCAUUGGGGCUACGCCAGCCGAGUUGUUCCCUGCACCAACGAUGCCGGAUCGUGCGAAUAUCUCGACGUGGUGUACUCGUCCCACGAUGUCGGCAUGGUGUACAUGGGCAUCUUGUGGCUGACAAUUCUCGGCGUCAUCUUUGGCUGGGCCAUUCUGCGCCACGUAUCUCGCCCAACGGCAACAUUCCCCUCCGAAGCCAUCGCCAAGGUUGUCGAUCAGAGUGACGAAGAGCAAGGCCAGAGCCAAACCCGGCAACGGUCGUCUGCUGGUGGCCUGUCCAGGGUCCUUCGCUCUGCUGGAGCCCUCGCCAGACGCCACCUCCUUCCUGAUUCCAUACACGCAAUUUUCGGGCGCACGUCGCGGUUCCAGGUCGUUGCUCUUGCGGCGUUUACGGCCUACCUGACCAUCUGGACGUUUGUCGGGAUCACGUACAAGACGUGGAUGACGCCCGUCUCGGGCUCGCCCGGCCUCUACAACCAGCGCAGUAGCCUGGGUCCUUGGUCUGACCGCCUGGGCGUCAUUGCCUAUGCCUUGACGCCCCUCUCUAUCAUCCUCGUCAACCGCGAGUCUAUGCUGUCGGUGCUUCUAGGCGUGCCGUAUCAGAGCUUCAACUUUCUCCACCGCUGGGUCGGCUACCUCAUCUUUGUCCAAAGCGGGCUGCAUACGAUUGGAUGGUGCAUCAUCGAGCUGAACUUCUACCAACCCCAGCCCCGCGUCGGCAUUGAGUGGGUGUCCCAAGGCUAUAUGAUCUGGGGCAUCGUCGCCAUGUUCCUUCUCACGGUUCUGUUCCUUCUCAGCACACCUUGGGGUAUCCGUCUUACGGGCUACGAGGCCUUCCGCAAGAUGCACUACGUCCUAGCCAUGGUCUACAUGGCUGCCUGUUACUGCCACUGGAGUAAACUGAGGUGUUUCAUCAUCCCGGGAUUUGUCUUUUGGGGCUUGGACCGCGUCGGCCGCCUGGCCCGUUCUUUCUUGCUGCACUACACCCACAUUCCUUCCGGCGGUAUGGCUUUCCGCCCAGCCCAGGCAGCCAUAUCCGUCUUCCCGGACGAGGAGCACGGCCACAUUGUCCGUCUCGAUAUUGAGAAUGACCAGGACGCGUGGACCAUUGGCCAGCACUUUUACUUGACUUUCACCGAGUCCAGCAUCUGGCAGUCGCACCCCUUCACACCCAUCAACGCACCCAUUGUUCGCAACGGCAAGGUUCACCACACCUACAUCAUGCGCGCCAAAGGCGGCGAGACCAAGAAGCUGGCUGAUCUGGCAAUGACCAAGGUUGCCGGCCUUUCUACCGGCGAGAAGGAUGCAUCGUCAGAGGGCGGUGAUGGUGCUAUUGCCACAACGCCAGUCAUCUUCACGGGGCCCUAUGGCGAGAAGAGCAUGUCAGGUGUCACCCCCACGACCAACAUCAUGUGCAUCGCUGGUGGCACCGGUAUCGCCUAUGUGCUCCCUGUUCUACUGGAGCUUGCCCGGCAGCCCUUGUCUCCGACGCGCCGUGUCGAGCUGAUAUGGGCUGUUCGUCAUGCUAAUGAUGCCGCGUGGGUGCAAUCAGAACUUGACGAACUACGUCGCAUCCAGAACGACCUCAACCUCAAGAUCCGCCUGUAUGCGACGCGCGACGCCUCGGCUAGCUCAUCCUCGUCGGCUGCGGGAGACAUCUCCAACACGGAUGACAGCGACAGUGAAAGAAAAAUUGGCAAGACGGCAGACUCCAAAAACGUGAACGUGACUUCAUCGUCGUCAUCCGUUGCCGAUUCGAGUAGUCCCAAUCCCGGCUGCGGCUGCGGCGACGGAAACCCCCUACCGGUGCGUAAGACGGGAAACCCCAAUGCCGAUGACGACGUCAGGCAUCCCGAUCUGGAUAGACUAGUCCGUGGCUUUGUCGAGUCUACGGCCGACGGUCCGACGACUGUCUUUGCCAGUGGGCCUGGUAGCAUGAUUACUAGUCUUCGGUCCAUUGUUGCCUCGUGCAACUCACCCUCCAUGGUCUGGGCCGGAAAGGAGCGGGGAAGUGUACGCCUCAUGUGCGAUGAUCGCCUGGAGUGGUGA